CAUGCCAAGACCGGUCUGUCCGAAUAUCGUUAAAAUCGAAAAAGGUGUUCUUAUUGUGGCGACACUGUAACGACAACUUAACCUAACUUUUGGCCUGUUUAAUUUAAUAUUACAAACAAGUAUCAUCUUUCGUGAGAAUGGCAGAUGACUUAGAAAAUAUUCCCUCAAUCACCGUCAAAGAACCGCUCGAUUUAGUGAGGUUAAGUUUAGACGAACGUAUUUAUGUAAAAAUGCGAAACGAUCGAGAAAUCCGGGGCAGACUCCACGCUUAUGACCAACACAUGAACAUGAUCCUGAGCGACGCCGAAGAGACCAUAACCACGGUUGAAAUCGAUGAAGAAACAUAUGAAGAGGUUUACAGAACGACGAAACGUAAUAUUCCCAUGCUUUUCGUCCGAGGUGACGGCGUGAUCUUGGUCUCACCCCCAAUGCGCACUUCGUAAAUAAAACACAUACGUUGA